AUGGCAACUAUUUCUGGGGCCCCGGAGCCGUGGGAUCGCAUCUCUACCUACUACGCAUCUACCCGUAAAAGCAUCAAUGUCCUCACCGCCCCAACAGCCGACGCAGCUGCCGCGUCUCUCAGCUUGACCUACCUCAUGAAACUGUUUCUAUUCCCCUUCAAGUUGCACCCAACAAGCUCGUACGACGAGCUGAGGCGGUUUAUUGAGCAGACAAGCUUUGCGCAGGACAGCGAGCGCGAAGAUGACAGCAACCCCCGGGUCGAUGACCUCUUCGUCCUCGUGGGUCUCGGAGCACCCGUUUUGCUCGAGGACUACUUUGACUUCUCACGGCACAUUGUCAUCGUCGUGGAUGCCUACCGCCCUUUUCACCUUGGCAAUCUGCGCCGCGAGGACGGCGACCGCUGCAUUAUUUGGGGCAGCGACCGCAUACACGCUGAGGUGGACGAUUUCUUUCGAAAGCAGUGCGCCGAAGAGGCGCAGCGGCGGCGACGGUAUCGCCGCCGACAGGACAUGAAGCGGCGUCAGCGCCGCACGCGUUCCUCACGUGUGCGCACGAGACGCCAGCGCAUCAGGUACGGUGGCAAGGUGGGAGAUGAGCGUGAUGGCAAUGAGCAAUUUCCCUGCAGCGCACACGACGAGGACGACGACGCCUACAGCGAGGAGAGCAGCAUCAGCACCAGCAGCGAGGAGGAAGGGAGCUCGGAAACUGACGGCGACGAUGAUGCCGACCUCUUCGAUGGAGAGGGCGAUGACGCAACUCCAUCGCAGAGCCAGGAUUCUGUGGACUGGCGCAGUGCCGAUGGGGAGGUGCCGGCGUACUUGGAGGCACGCUACUACGCAUGCUCCUGUGCCGGUCGCAGCAGCGCCGUGGAGGUGUACGACCUCUCCGUCAUUUUGCACCGCUUUAACGACGCGAUUCUUUGGCACGCCGCCGUCGGCGUCUGCGACUUGUAUCUACGUCGACUUGUCGACUACGCCACCUACCUGGUGGAGAUGGCGCCGCUACAAGAGGCUGUCUCGCUUCAGCAGAGCGUGCGGUGCGGCAUUCUGCGCGACCGCACCGAGGAGGCUGUCAACAACUAUCGCCGAUCUUCCACAGAUAGGAUGCAGCUGAGCAAUCGCGAGGAGGAGCAGCUCCACCUGUUGCGGCACUCCACCCUCUGGGACGCCAUCUGGUACGACCCGCAAGUGGCGAGCGCGCUCGACUUGCAUCAUGUAGAGGACGGCCGUCCGCGACUGAGUCAGCUGCUUGCAAGUCGCUGCGGUGUGUCCAUCGCAAUGGCGCAGCGUCCCUGGCGCGAAGUGCCGACCGAUGUGGGCAGCGAAGCGCUCUGUCGCGUGCAAACCGAGUUACAGAGCUGGGUGAAUGCUCAGGGUAACGCCAUCGGGUACCGGAAUCGUAUACGGUGCAUCUCUCGCAAGGUGGGCUACAGCACUGAAGUGUCCACGCUUGACGUGUGCAAGCUCUUCACUGCUGAGAUGGCAGCGGUGCCGCCAGCGUCGGUGUACGUUGUCGAGCGCCCCUCCGAGAAGUCGAGCUUUUCACCCGCGGAAAUAGCGGCUUUGGCGCAGCGCAAGCUUGUCGAGUUUCAACGGAGUCAGUUCUGGCGAGCAAGCGCUGUGCUGGACGUGGACCCGAACGAGAAACUGUUUCACGAAGCUCUGGCGGGGGCGCUGUCACUGCAGCAAGCCGUAGCCGACGCUACAAGCUCCCUGAUGCAGCCCGGCAACGUGCAGAGCAGCACUGGUAUUCACUACGCACUGCCCUCGGACCCGUCCAAGACCUCGCCGACGCUGGAGAGCUUCUGUACUGUGCAGCGACUCUCUGUCUUAGCGGAGCGGCUCUUUUUCACGCUUUCCAUGAGCCGGCGGCGUGAUCGGCGAGCCGUGACGGCCCUGCGGCCCCUUAUCCUUUCCUGCGCUUUGCCUCAAGCACGCCUAGCGGCCCUGCCCACGGCGAGCAGCGGCAACGGCAGUGGAAGCGGCUUACCCUCUGGACCGGGCAUAGGUGCGUUGGGGUCUGUUGUGGAGUUGAAUAGUGCGUGUGGUAAUGUGCCUUCAGCGUCUGCAGUCACUGUAACCGGUAGUGUUUUCGUAGGCGGCGGCGCACAGGCUGAGGAUACGACUGAGUACGUUGUCGUGCUCACCCACGGCGGUAAUACGGGGGCUGGCAUGAUUCCACUUCUUCCCACGUACUGCUUUGCGCAGUGCAUGCAAGAUGAACACUUCAACACGCCACCGCGCCGGUACUUUGUGGAGCGAAAUGCGGUACAGGUACGUGGACGGGAGAACACGACCUACCUGGCAGAGCGCAUGCUGCUACUGUCGGUGAAGACUACAAUGCCGCGACAUGAGCUUCGCACGAGGCGCGUGCCGACGGUGGAUGAGUGCGAUGAGGAGGACGUAGAGGGGGAAGUCGUGGAGGUGGUGGACUAG